AUGCACACUUUCUCUCUCACAAUCUGGGAGAUUCAAACAAAGACUGCAGUGAUUCACACCUUGAUCACUGUUCAGUCUCUUCUCCCCUUCCUGACACCUCUUCAUUUUUUUUUUCUUCUUCAUCCCUUCAUUUUCUCCUUUACAAUCUACCCCCCCCCGUUAUCAUUUCUACAACUAUCUUUCCCUUCCCAGUCCUCACUAAUACCUCCCAUUACCACCAUUAUAAUUACUUCUCUUCCCCUUCUUGUCUCACUGAAUUUAUAUCAACCCCCCACCAUCCACUUUGGAAGGCUCCAUUACCUUUCCCUUCACCUCUGUAACACCUCUGUAUUUUUUUUAAAUCACUAUCCACCUUCCUUUCUACCAUUUCAUUUUCUGUACCCAAUGUUACUCUUUACCACCCUUUUCCUUCAUUCUUUUCCCUUCAAUUCUAUUUUUUUUUCUCUUGCUUUUCCCUUAUCACUGUUUGUUAACCCGUCUUUCCCUUUCACUAAACCACCCACCCCACCUUCAGCUCCACCAUUUCAAUCCCCCUUACUCUUCAACCCUUGCUAUUUCAACCAUCAUUUUUUUUCUCUGCAGCUUCCCAUUCCCUCUUUUCAUCUCUAUUUUCAACCCAACUUGAUUCUUUCUUGUGACCUCACUUGUACUUGGCUUACUUUUGCUUGCUUUUCACUUUUCUCAAAUAUUAAAACUUGUCUUAUUUUCUUCUGUUUUACUGCAAAUCUCUCAGUGAUUUUUUUCUCUCUCUAUCCUCCAUGCAAACAAGCCAAUUGA